CUCGUUUCUUUGGUGUUGGAAAACCCUGGAGUGGAGAUCAGUGGAGCAAUGGAGGAAGGGCAAGGGAUCGAGUCUUCUUUCUCGAGUGGCCAUGAGGACGAUGGAGGUAGCUCCGUGAUCGAGUCUUCUUUCUCGAGGAUUGUCACUCUCAAACCUUCAAGUGAUUCCAAGAGUGUCGAGACUAGGGAUUCGGAGAAAUCCACCCAAGAAGACGAUGAGGAUGAUUGGGAAGCGAUUGCGGACCGUGGAGAAGCUGCUGAAGCUUCGUCGGGACCUUCACGGGAAGCUGGGGUGUCGUCUGUAGCUUCGGAGGUUAGCGAGGACGCUGCGCUGCCCAGACGGCGUGGGAGGGGAUUCUUUUUGUACCAAAAGAGUUGUCUUUAUAGCGAGCAGAAGGAUGUUCCGAGCCAUUCCGGCGAGGAUUCCGAUCCUGACAUUGAUUCUGAUGAGCAGAAUCAAAUGAGAACUAUUUUAGACAAGUUUGGAACCAGGCAUGCUCUUGUCCUGUAUGAUUUCCCACCAAGUACUCGAACGACAGACCUUGAGAAACUACUGGAGAGGUUCAAAGAACAUGGCUUUGCAAUUCGGUGGGUUGAUGAUACUACAGCCCUUGCUGUGUUUCGAACACCGGAAAUUGCAAGUGAGGCUCAAAACAAUGUAAAAUUUCCAUUCAAAGUGCGAAUACUUAAAGAGGACGACAUCAUUUUGAGCCAUAUUUCUAUCAAAGAUCUAGAUCCACCAUACACAAGGCCAAAGACAUCGGUUAGAACCGCACAGAGAUUGAUUGCCCAGGGCAUGGGAAUGAAGCCAUCAACAAUGUUCGGAUCAAGUGAGCUUCGUAAACAAGAAGAAGCAAGAAAGGUUCGCAUACAAAGUCGACAGAACAUGAGGGAUGAUGCCUGGGGUUCUGACUAGUAAAAAAAAAAAUGCUCAUUUUUAGUAUUUUACAGGAUUGUUGUACAGAUUUGCGAAAUUUCUUAGACAAUAAGAUAAAUUCCGGCCGGAACCGGCAAUUCUAUUCAUCAGUCAAUCAAAAAAUAUUGUGGCACACAAAGUUUGGCCUGGCUACAUGCUCCUCUUUCAUCUCAUUCAUCAUUUUGACUAGUCAAAAUGGCUUGGCUGGGCAGAGAACACCGGCCAUCUGGGAACUGACUGUUACGGAAGACUUGGGCUUAAAAAAUGAAAGCAAGUUGAGUUCCAGAGCCGACUUGGUUAGGAGUCUUUUUCAGACUACCACUUGUGAUUGUUUUCCUCUCCGUUUAAUUAUCUUGUGUUUGUGAUGUUCAACGUUUUGAGCCUGUUCUUACGUUGACUUUGCCUGGAAUUCAAAGUUGUGUUUUGACCUCAAGCGCAGUCAUUUUGUUUGGUCA